AUGUACGGGGACAACAGUACAUUGCCAACACUUGUACACACCUAUGCACGCCCCAAGUGUUCGUUGCAAGUCUCUCCGGCGGUAAAUGCUUAUAUCCUCACGUGUGGAAUAGCACUCUUCCAACAAGGUGCUGAGGAUAUGGAACUGCUGCUGCUUGGUUGGCAUGGCAACUAUGUCGUUAAGGAAUUCGGG